AUGGAAAUAAACAAAGGUAGCAAAAAGGAAUUACCCAUUGGUUAUGAAAACUUUAAUAUAUCAAGGGUAUACUGGGGCUUUAGUAAUCCCUUUAGCAGUAAAAACAAUAAAAGCAAUGGACCCCAAAAUUAUUUACUCAACGAUAAUUUCAAUGCUGAAGACAUUAGUUAUGGCAGUUUUGAUAGACAUCCCUGCAGAAGAGUUUGUAAGCAGGGAGAAUCUUUAUCCUGUUACUAUCGCUUAGUAGUGCAUAAUUAUCAGACAUUGGGUCCUGAAUGCCAGAGAUGCAUGUAUGAUCCGAGUGUUUGUGAACAGGAGCAGUGUGUUUAUGGUGAUGGUGUGGCUACUGGGGUAAUGGCGGUUAAUAGACAAGUACCUGGUCCUUCGAUGGAGGUGUGUGAAAAUGAUACUAUUAUAGUGGAUGUUUUGAAUUAUUUAAGUGAGGCUUUCACCAUGCACUGGCAUGGUUUGCGCAUGACUCAAACGCCAGAAAGUGAUGGAGCUCCCUAUAUCACCCAAUAUCCAGUACAACCCGCGGAAGUCUACCGUUAUUCCUUUCCUGCUGAACGUAGUGGUACGGUUUGGUAUCACAGCCAAAUGGGCUGGCAAAGAUCUUUGGGUAUAGCAGGUAGUUUUGUUAUCCGACAAACUAAACAAAAUAAUAGACAUGCCCAUCUUUACGACUUCGAUUUGAUUGAACAUACCCUACUCAUACAGGAUACUAUAUAUAACUAUGAUUACAUGAGACCCCGCAAUAUACUUAUUAACGGUAAAGGCCGCAAUCAUCUAAACAAUUGGCCCGAUAAUGAUUCGCGCAAUAGAUAUGAACGUUUAAGAGUUUCUCCGAAUAUGCGUUAUCGCAUGCGUGUCAUUGGUAAUGGUGUUUUCAAUUGUCCUUUGGAAUUUUCCAUAGAGAAUCAUAAAAUGUUAAUGAUUUCCACCGAUGGCAAUGAUAUAGAACCCAUUUAUGCUGAUAAAUUCUUUAUGUCUUCGGCCGAAAGAUUUGAUUUUGUUUUGGAAGCUAAUCAAUAUCCUGGAAAUUAUUGGAUUAAGGUUAAAGGUUAUAAUGAUUGUGCCAAUUAUAGUUUGUAUCAAGGUGCUAUUCUACAUUAUCGUGGUUCCUCCCGUAAUAAAGCUCCUUUGCUACAAAUGUCGGAAGCCACGUAUGGACGUCAAGGUCCUGCCGAAGGACAAGUACAUGUUAAUACCUUGGCAGAAUUUUACUCUGUCGAUACCAAAGAUUCCUACUACUUAAAAGCCAAUGAAAUACCCACUGCUGGCCUAAGAUCUUUAAAUCCUUUACCCUGGCCCGCUUAUACCAAAUUUCAAACAUUCUACUCUAGUUUUGGCAUGCGUCGUGGUGCUAAUGGUGAAGAUCUCUUCCAAAUAGAUGAUAUAACUUUUGCUUCACCUCAGGUGUCUCUGCUGCAGGGACGUAAUCUCUAUUAUGAGGAUAAUUUUUAUUGUAAUCGUACGGCUUUCCAACAGGCUGGUCGCAAUUGCCAGUAUAAUAAUUGUCAAUGCACGAAUGUUUUGAGAAUACCCGCUUAUAGGCCAAUUGAAUUGGUUGUAGCGAAUUAUUUGGAUACAACUCUGCCAUUCCAUACACAUGGUUAUACUUAUCGUCUUGUGGGUCAAGCAGUCUUGGGAAAUGUUAACGAUUUGAGAAGGAUUCAAGACCUCGAUCGUCGUGGCCUCUUGCAGCGUACCCCCAAUGAUUUCCCAGCCGUUGAAAAGGACUCUAUACAAAUACCCGGUUUGGGUUAUAUUAUUUUACGUUUUAUCAGUGAUAAUCCAGGUUUUUGGAUGUAUCACUGUCACCUCGAACGUCAUACUUUAAUGGGCAUGUCUGCGGUGCUGAAAGUGGGAGAAAAUCAACAAAUUAAGAAAUUACCACCCAAGUUGAGGUGUUAGUUUUGAAGAUACCCAGCAAAAAAUAAUUGAUGUCAUACUUUACAAACCACAUCUUAAUCACAUCUUAAUAUGCGAUUUCAUAUUUUUUACUUUUAUAAACCAAAUAUUUCCUUACAAAUGAAA